AUUUGUAGGUAGAACCGAUUUUAUAAUUUUUAGUUAAGUGUUAAAUUAGCGAAAUGCUAUAAGAAAGUCUCAUUCAGGUGAAACUUUUAUCAUAAUAAUAUAUUCAUUCAAUCUCCAAGUUUUGACAACAAAAGAAAAAAAUGCCUAAUUUUCUAAUUCAAGUAUCAAGACAUUUUGAUCGUACUAUCACACUACAUAUAGUGGAAAAGUAUAGUGAGAAUAAAAAUUGUAUUAAUAGUGACUGAUAGUUGUGUGUACGAUGCGGCGGCGGACGCACGGGUGUCCGUUCGUAUCCCGGCUGGUGGCACUCUGUAAUUAGUGGAAAGAAAUUAAAAUAGUUUUGUCACAAACUUAUUAUUUUACCAUUAUACAGUGGUAUAUAAAAUAACUGUAAGUCUGUGUAACGCAGUGGCAUUUUUAGUGGAAAAUUUUCUGUUAUAGUUUUAAGGCUUUAAGAUUCACAAUGGGUUGCGGAUCGUCAACGACAGCUAUGCCGGUCACUGCAGAGCCUGCUAACGGUACUACAAAGGCAAGCAAUGGUGCUGGUGUGAACGGUCAUCGUCACGAAGACAACGAUGAUCUUCCAACUGUCGUGCUGCCUGAAACGCCGGCCAAGCCUAAACCACCCGUAGCCUUCGAGAUACCUCUGGAAGAGUUCGACAGCACGAAGAGGCCGCUAACCCCGCCACCGCACCUCCAGCGGCUGCUGCAGCCGACGCAGCCCGAGAUCAGCCUCCCCGACAUCGAGGAGAAACUGGCUGAAGCUGAGCAGAGGAGGCUCUCGAUACUUCAAGCCAGAGCAGCAUCUGCGCAGAAAAGAGCGCAAAAGAUCAUGAAAUCGGUUCACGAAAUGGACAGGCUUGAUUCGGAACAUGAACACACCGAGCCUUCAAAACACGUGAACAGCCUGACGAUCCCGCCCGAGCCGGGCGUGUGCGAGGGCAAGAACAUUUGAUAGGAUACUCGAUAUUAAUGAACAUGUAUCACAUCACUCCAUACUGGGCCCCGAUUCUGCUAUUUACAAUGGCCGAUAAUUGAAUGAAAAUUGGCUUAAAGUACACUUUUCGUCUUGUCUUAAGCAUUUUUCCUUCACAAUAUUUGGGACGACGACUUAGGAAGCGGUGGCGAGACGACCUUAACGCUUACCGCGCAGGCUGGUUCCAUGCGACCCAGAAUAGAGAAUCGUGGAAGGAUUUAGUGGACAUAGUGGGCUAGGGAAAAAGAAAAUUGGAAAUUCAGUAUGGGACGUUACACUCAAGGUCAAUUCAAUGAA